AGGACCGAAUCAAUGCUGAUUCCUGGUGUUGAAAUUUUCUCAGUGAGGCAAUCAUUAUGUUACAUAAGGGCAAGUUAGGUGAAAUAAAAAGGGUGAAAUAACUGGUGCUUGGUAACAUAAAGCCCUGCAUUUUACGUUCAGAAAAGAAACCCAGAAGAUAAUCCAGGAGAAAAAAAACUUAAAGGAAUAACUCCAGGAAGCUUCUGUUUUCUAUGAGAAGGAUCACACGAAGACUUUCACAGUAAGGCUUGAGGAGGCACUAUGGCUGAUGAUGUGGACUACACCAGAGCUCUAAAUGAACAUCCUGAGGUCUUCUAUCGGUACCCACUGAAGCUAGUCCAUGGCGUCCCUCUGAUGGCUCCCAUUGCUCAACAGUGGGCUCCCAUUGAAAAUUUCCAAGCACGACCGGAUGACCUGCUCAUUGCAACUUAUCCCAAAGCAGGAACCACAUGGAUGCAAGAGGUCGUGGAUCUGAUCCUUAAUGGUGGCGAUGUGGAAAAAGCCCGACGGGCCCCCACAUAUGUCCGGAUCCCAUUCCUCGAGAUCUGCUCUCCACCCCCUCUGCCUUCAGGGGUUAGUCAGCUGCAGAAUGCUCCAUCUCCUCGUGUGAUCAAAACCCACCUCCCCUUCCAUCUCGUCCCUAAGAGCUUUUGGGAAAAGAAAUGCAAGGUGAUCUACGUGGGUCGUAACGCCAAGGACAACCUGGUCUCUUAUUUCUUUUUUGACCAGAUGAACUUGACUCAGCCAGAUCCGGGCCCAUGGGAAGAAUAUAUUAAGAAAUUCAUGGAAGGCCAAGUUGCCUGGGGUUCAUGGUACGACCAUGUCCGGCAUUACUGGGAUGAGAAGCAAAACCACCGUAUCCUGUAUGUCUUUUACGAAGACAUGAAAGAGGACUUGACCCGAGAGAUACAUCGCUUGAUGGAUUUCCUGGAGGUUGACCUGCCUGAAGAUGUUGUGCAGAAGAUUGUCUGUAAUACAUCAUUCCAGGUCAUGAAGGAGAAUCCAAUGACAAACUACAAGCUUAUCCCUAGCACUAUCUUUGACCAGUCAAAAAGUUCUUUUAUGAGGAAAGGUGAAGUUGGUGAUUGGAAGAACUAUUUCACAGUGGCUCAAAGGGAGGCGUUUGAUGCAGAUUACCAGAGAAAAAUGGAAGGAACAAAUCUACAGUUCCGAGAUGAAUUAUAGGCCGAGAAAUGUACCUUCUUUAAAGGAGCAAAAAUCAUGUCUUACUCUGUAGUUUUGUUAUAAUGCACUGUAUGUGGGUAUUAUUUUAAAAAUGUUCUGAUGGAACAAUGCCUUGAAAAGAUAUUAUUCCAUCAGAAGCAUCAUAUCAAGCCAGAAUGGCUUUUUAAUCAUUAUUUCAAAUGAUUAAACACAGAGCAAUUAAACAUAUGUUUUAAUACUAAGUUGGUGCAAUUUAAAGAAACAUAACAUUAAAAAUUGUCUGUA